CAAUGUCUCAACCUCUCCCUGACGGAUCGUUUGAGCCCUCUGUACCAGACAAGCCAUCUACACCAGGAUCCAUACAGAGACUGAAAGCACUGCUACGGAAAACGCUCCGUGUGACCAUCCAGGAUGGUCGCAUCUUUCUCGGGACCUUCGUGGGCACCGACAAGCACCUCAAUAUCCUGCUUGUGAAUUCUGAAGAAUACCGGAUCGGUCCUGAUGCCGUUGAUGGGGAUCCAAACGGGCGGUUCGUUGGGCAAAUUCUUGUGCCCUGGAGGCUGGUGCAGAAGGUUGAGGUUGGAGGACCUAAUGUGAGGCAACCGCUGCCCACAGAUGAAGAGGACGAAAGUUUAUACGCUUAACGACAAUGAUUAUGGGGCCUCAUUAAAUACCAUGGGUGCGUGAGGACUGUUCAAGUUCUGGUCUCUGCUGCCUGCAUUCGGAUAUACCUGCAAC